AACAAAGACUCAUAGCUUACUUCCUUAAGAAGCCUCUAUAAAUUGAAUAUUUCUAUUUUAUUAAUUAGGAUACAUAAAAUCUUUAACACUUCUUUUUCCCAUUUACGCUGUAGCUGAAGAUAUUUCUUUGUAACGAAAAAAAAAAAAAAAGAAGAUUUUUCUUUGCUAAUUAAUUUGUUUUGGGACUAGGGUUUUGGUCAGUUAUGAGUAUUUCCUUCUUUUUUUUAGAAUGAAUUUUUUUGUGAAAUUAUGAGGAGAAUUGUGAAGAAAGAAAAACAAGCAGAUAAAGCCGAUGAAGAAGGUGAACCGGUUCGAACCAGGGUGGCGAGAGAGCCCCGAGAUGACUCGGCAUAUGUUGAGUCGGAUCAGCUGACUCGGCAAGAGGAUGCCGCAAAACGGAGGGUUCUUCGCUCCAAAUAUCUUGCCGUCAUGACCAAAAUCAACGGUGCAAGGGAUGAGAUAUCGAGUGUGGAUUCUAAUAAAUUUAACAUCAUCAUUAAUGAAGUCGACAACUUGCAUCAACAGGUGUCCAAGCCGCGGGAACAAGUAGCUGAUGCAGAGGCAUUGUUGGACUUGGCUAACACAUUGUCAACUUCUGUUAAGUCAAUCUCUUUUGAGGGAAUUAGCCCGGCAGACUUUGUCAAUUGUUUAGUCAGCGAGUUUGGGAAAUCCAAAAGGAGCCUUGACACACAAGAAAAUGAACAGAUAUUGGUCAAUUGGAAAGAUGUUGGCAUGGCAGUUUCACCAUUCUUUAGAACCUGCAAAGGAAUUUGCACCAUGCUUGGACCUAUGAAGAAUGAGUUAAAGCAAAGGAAGUGUAUGGUUACUAGAAGGCAUGCUGUCAGACCAACUGAUACUGCUCGGCCUGAAGAGGUUAAUAAUAUCGGUGCUGAUGAGCAAACUGAUACUGACAAAAAUAUGGCAGUUAUGUUUGAAAUCUUAAGGAGAAGAAGACGAGUGAAACUUGAAAGUUUGAUUUUGAAUAGAAGCUCUUUUGCACAGACCGUGGAGAAUUUAUUUGCUCUUUCAUUCUUAGUCAAAGAUGGGAGAGCAGAAAUAGUUCUGGAUGAAUCUGGUUCUCAUAUUGUUUCACCCAAAAAUGCUCCUAGUGCUGUGUCUGUAACAAAAGGCGAGGUUGCUUACAGCCAUUUUAUAUUCAGGUUUGAUUUUAAGGACUGGAAGUUAAUGAUGAAUGUGAUACCUGUUGGUGAGGAGCUAGUGCCACAUAGGGAAGGUUCUACAGAAUAAUUUAAUAGUGAACGUGGUGCCAAUUGGAGAGGAGUUGAUGCCUCACAGGGAAGAUUAACACUCAAUUCUUUCCCAGGCAGAAUCAGCCGCAAACAAAUUCAGAAGGGUUUCUAACUACAUCACCAAUCCUAAACUUAUCCGGGAACCAAGGGUUGGUUCUGCAAGAAUCCAACUCGCCUGAAACUGAUGUUGCUAGCCAAGGCCCCCGGUAGGUUUAGGCGGAAGCUCAAUUGACCGGGUAGCUCUAUUUUUUUUUUUUUUUUU